AUGUCGAGGUGCGCUUAUUUUUGCCUGAGCGGUCUCCGGUCCGAUCUCCGAAUCGCUCUGAGUGCGUUGCCCAUGUACCUCGGGGAAAUCUCUCCCAAACACAUGAGAGGAUUCAUCGGACAAUUCAACUCCAUCCUCAUCUGUCUGGGAGUGUUCACCGGGCAGGUGCUGGGCCUGCCGGAGCUGCUCGGACAGGAGUCUCGGUGGGUCUUCCUCUUCUCCUUCAUCGCUGUUCCUCCUCUUCUUCAGAUUUGUGUUCUUCCGUUUCUUCCGGAAAGUCCCAGAUUUCUGCUGAUGGAACGAAGAGACGAAGCUGCGGCCGAACGAGGGAAACAGCAACAAGUUAAGGUUAAACUCAGCGCUGUCAGAUACUCAGGUCGUCAGCACUGGGGCACCACAGGGCUGUCUAUUCUUAGUUUACUCAGUAAAAGCACAGAUGCCAUCAGCUACAGGACAGAAACUGAUGAAGUGGUGCAUUGGUGUGAGGAGCAAAACCUUGUCUUAAAUGUGGAAAAGACAAAGGAGAUAAUUUUUGAUCCCAAAUCUGUCGGGGACCACAGCCCCGUUAACAUCAGGGGGAGGGACAUAGAGCAGAUCUGGUAUUACACCAGUGGGAUCCUGAGGGAGGCGGGUUUUUCCGAGUCCAUCCUCCCGUACAUCACCCUGAGCACCGGAGCCGUCGAGACGCUGGCGGCCGUCGUCUCCUCCUGGUUUAGAGGUCGGUUUAGUCGGAAGCCGUUGUUGAUCUUCGGUUUUUCGUCCAUGUCUUUGUUCUUCAGCCUCCUCACCGUCUUCCUCACCUUCCAGGAGUCCUUCUCCUGGAUGCCCUACCUCAGCUACGUCUGCAUCCUGGCCGUGAUCGCCUCCUUCUGCUCGGGACCAGGUGGUAUUCCGUUCAUCCUGACGGGCGAGUUGUUUGAACAGUCUUUUCGUCCGGCGGCGUUCAUGAUCGCCGGGAUUGUGAACUGGCUCUCCAACUUCACCGUGGGACUCCUCUUCCCGUUUAUCCAGGUUGGACUUGUGUCUCGUGGGAUUAGAGCUGAAGUCUCUUUGCUGAAGUGUCUUGCCUAA